AUGGUUCCGGUAGGAUUGUGCCAGAUUUUGUCGAAUUCCGAUAUGAUCCGGUCGGAUCUUUCAGGAAAUUGUCUUCGGAAUCAUCGGCCCGGGUUGUUUUCUGAAGCGAAAAUAAAUAGAUUUUGGAUACGUAGGCAAGCAUUGAAAGCACAUAAUGAAUAUCGCACAAAACAUUGUGCUCCUCCAUUGACUCUGAGCAGGAGAUUGAAUGGCAUAGCUCAAAAAUAUGCCGAACAUUUGGCGAGCACGAAAACAUUUGAACAUAGUCAUACGAAAGGUUUAGGAGAAAAUUUAUGGAUGUUAACAAGUUCUGAAAAAAUAAAACAUGUAAAAGGCUCAGCGGCUACGAAGGAUUGGUACGACGAAGUACAACAUUAUAAUUUUGGUCAACCCGGUUUCUCACACGCAACUGGCCAUUUCACUCAACUCGUGUGGAAUUCAUCAAAGAAAAUGGGAUUAGGUGUGGCUUUAUCAAGCGAUAAAAAAUCUGUCUAUGUUGUGGCUAAUUAUGAACCGGCUGGUAACACGGUUAAUGCAGGAUAUUUUGAAAAAAAUGUUCUAGAAGCAAAAUGUUAA